GACAAGAAGCAGCAAAGGGGCCUGGGACUAGGCUUGCCUGUGCUUUUCCAGACCGGGCUGUGCUCACUGGCCUGAGAAGGUUAUAAAAGAACCACAAGAGGUCAUUUUCCCUUGGACCUGGCUCUUGUGGAACUCCAGCCGCCAUGCUGUGUGUAGAAGUGUUCCGCUGAAGUUUUGCUUGUGUUUUUUUAAAAAAAAGACUAACGGAUGGUACAGCUGUUCCUGGAAGCCCAUGGAUUAUUGAGCUUGUUUUUCAUCUAUUUAGAUGUGAAGGCAGGCGUUUCCCUACAUGAGAUGCACUGUGCUAGUGGUGUUGGCUGGAUUUAAACGGAAAAAUGCACUGUUAUAUACAUAGCUGCAUGAAGUGUAGGUGAGCAAAACGGAGAGCCAAUUUUUGUUUUAGUUUUGCACAGCACCGUUCUUAUGUUGAAUCCAAGUGAGGACCUGAUCAGAACAAUAUCCAUGUAUAAAAACACCUGAAUGGUGCAGAACGACAUGUGAAAGAUGUCUUGGAAGAGGAAUUAUUUUUCUGUGGGACGGGGCAGCGUGCAAGGGAUGUUCACGCCACGCAACACAACAUCUAUAGCACCUAGUAAAGGUCUCAGCAAUGAGCCGGGACAGAAUAGCUGCUUUUUGAAUAGUGCAUUGCAGGUUCUCUGGCAUCUCGAUAUUUUCCGACGCAGUUUCCGACAGCUGACAACCCACAAAUGCAUGGGAGAUUCCUGUAUAUUUUGUGCUCUCAAAGGUAUUUUUAACCAGUUUCAGUGCAGCAGUGAGAAGGUGCUGCCUUCUGAUGCCCUCCGGAGUGCUCUUGCAAAGACCUUUCAAGAUGAGCAGCGCUUCCAGCUGGGUAUCAUGGAUGAUGCUGCAGAGUGCUUUGAGAAUCUCUUGAUGAGGAUUCACUUCCACAUUGCAGAUGAAUCUAAAGAAGAUAUCUGCACUGCCCCACACUGCAUUUCGCACCAGAAAUUUGCCAUGACCUUAUUUGAGCAGUGUGUCUGUACCAGCUGCGGUGCUACCUCUGACCCUCUGCCCUUUAUCCAGAUGGUGCAUUACAUCUCUACCACUUCGCUCUGCAAUCAGGCCAUCUGCAUGCUGGAAAGGCGAGAGAAGCCCACUCCGGACAUGUUUGGAGAGCUGCUCCAAAAUGCCAGCACAAUGGGAGACCUGAGGAAUUGUCCGAGCAACUGCGGAGAGAAGAUCCGCAUCCGUCGUGUGCUGAUGAACUCCCCUCAGAUCAUCACCAUUGGGCUGGUGUGGGACUCGGACCACUCAGAUCUGGCAGAGGACGUCAUCCACAGCCUGGGCACCUGCCUGAAACUGGGAGAUCUUUUCUUCAGAGUCACAGAUGACAGAGCCAAGCUGUGCGAACUCUACUUGGUGGGAAUGAUCUGUUAUUAUGGGAAGCAUUACUCCACCUUCUUCUUCCAAACCAAGAUCCGCAAGUGGAUGUACUUUGAUGAUGCACAUGUCAAAGAGAUCGGUCCCAAAUGGAAAGAUGUUGUGACCAAGUGCAUCAAAGGCCACUAUCAGCCCUUGCUGCUGCUGUAUGCAGACCCGAGAGGCACCCCGGUGUCGACCCAGGAGACCCCUGCUCAGGUGGAUCUUCAGCAGUACACCCGGACUUAUUAUGACAGUGAAGACUCAGGGCGGGAGCCUUCCAUUGCAAGUGACACGAGGACAGACUCCUCUACCGACAGCUGCCCCCUGAAGCACUCCCACCACGAGUCUGUGGUCAGCCACUUCUCCUCUGACUCUCAGGGAACCGUCAUUUGCAACAUGGACAACGAUGCAGCAUCCCAGAGCAGCAGGGACACAGGACACCUGACUGACAGUGAAUGUAAUCAGAGGCCUCUUUCCAAAAAGGGCUCUCUGGCAGACCGCAAGAGGAGCUCCAGCAGGUCCCGGAGGAAGGGGGAGGAGGCACAGCAGCCCUCAGGAUAUCAUAGUGAAGGGGAAACACUGAAGGAGAAACAGGCCCCCCGCACUGCCCCCAAGACCUCCAGCAGCACCAGCAGGCUGCGGGACUUCAAGGAGACGGUCAGCAACAUGAUCCACAGCAGACCCUCCCAGGCCAGCCAGAGCUCUCCACGGGGGGGAGGGAAGGGCCAAACCGAGACUCAGCCCCUGCCCCGAGGAGGAGCGGCCCCCUCUCAGCCUCGAGACUGGGAGAUGGAGAGCACCAGCAGCAAGUCCAAGUCGAGCUCCUCGAGCAAGUACCGCCCCACCUGGAGGCCGAAGAGGGAAUCCCUCAAUAUCGACAGCAUCUUCAGCAAAGAGAAGAGGAAGCAGUGCGGCGGCUACACACAGCUGAGCCCUUUCUCGGAAGAUGCAGCGAAAGAAUUCACAGAAGAUGAGCUAAAGGAGUCGGUUAUUCAAGAAACGAGGCCAAUCCAAUCCAACAGGUACAAGCCCUGGGCUCUGGGGCGGGGCGGGCACUACGUGAGCGAUCCACACCCUCGUCUGAUCCAGAGGAUGGAGUCUGGCUAUGAAAGCAGCGAACGCAACAGCAACAGCCCCGUCAGUCUGGACAUGCCUUUGUCGGAGAGCUCGAGCACUUCCAGGGAUUCUCACAUGAAGCGGCCUGGGGCUUUUGUUCCUGCCUGGCGUAAUAUCCCAAAGUCCCAUAGCAGCAGCAUCUUGGAAGUUGAGUCGGCUUCAUUUCCAAGUUGUUGGGCAAAAAGCAAGCACUCCAACGGUGGGGAGCUGCUUGUCUCAUCCAAGAGCGAGCUGGAUGAGCUGCAAGAGGAAGUGUCGCGGAGGGCCCUGCAGCAGGAGCUCCGGCGGAAGCGGGAGAAGGAGCGGGAGGCGGCCAUGGGCUUCAACCCCCGCCCCAGCAGGUUCAUGGACCUGGAUGAGCUGCAGAACCAGGGGAGGACCGAGGGCCUUGAGCGGUCUGUGCAGGAGGCCGACGCGGUCUUGGAGGAGUCGCUGCACCAGGAGCAGAAGGGGGACUGUGCUGCGGCUUUGGCUCUCUGUAACGAAGCUCUGUCUAAACUAAGGCUUGCCCUGCAUGGUGCCAGCUCUCGCACUCACCACAGCAGAGCCCUAAUCGAUAAGAAGCUGCAAAUCUGUAUCCGAAAAGCACGGAGUCUCCAGGAGCGCAUGCAGCAUCCGCAGCCAGCACAGCCGCCGCCCACCUGCCACCCACUGCAGGGGGGCCACGUGACCCAGUCUGCAAGUGAACAGGCUGGCCCGCUCCAAGUACUGCUGAGCCAGAAGCUGCUACUGGAACCCAGCCAAGAAGCAGACCUUGGGUCCAGUUCUUACUUCCAUACACCUGCUUCCCAUCAUGAGCCGCAGUCAUCCUACACGGAGCCUUUCUCCUCCUCACUCCCUUCCGAAAGGAGCCCCUCGCCCAAGGCCUCUCUGAGCGGCCCGGCAGCUUCCGCUGGUGUCAAUGAGCGGGUUGUCCCCUUGCCUGGUCAACAGCGGGGGGGCAGUGACAGGUCCAGACAAGCUGAGAACGAAGCUCACCUUGAAGUGGAGCCGGAGGGGGGAGUCUCCACCAAUAGUCUAACAAGCAAUAAAGACUGCAGCAGUAGCAGGAGGUUCAAAGAAGCUCGUGAUGUAACAGCAUCUCUCAUUCCUCAUUACAGAACAAAAUUUGGAAACCUGGUGAACUCUGGCUCUUUGCCUGUGCUCUUCCCUCCUUCCCAUCCCGUGCAAGUUCCAUCCGAUCAGAAAGGCCUGCAUCAUCCCUGCUUCAAGCCAUCCAGCUUCCCAGAAGGGGCCUAUCCUGCCUUCGCCCCCCUUUCUCCCUCCCCUUUGCCUCACUGUCCUGCAGAUCCACUGCAGACGGCCAGCCGGUACCUCCAAGCAAAAAGCCAUGAGAGUUUGCACCGCUUCUCGGAGGAAUUAGUGAAUGGGGACUCUGGGGCUUCCGAGAGGAUCACUGCUAAGGGGCACGUCCGUUCCCUUGCGGAACAGUUUCAGCGCUUGCUGGAAAGGGAAGAAGGUGCUCAUGAGAAAGAAGGGACAGGGGUUCUCUGUUGCGACCAGAGGGCCCCAAAGUUAUUGCUGGAAUCCUUCAGCAAUCUUCCACCCUUGGGAUCUCGGCAGCCAAUCGCUGGAAACCCCGGGAAUGAGACCUGGCCCACUGAAAAUUUGGAUGCGUGCCUUGAUUCUUGGGAUGAGCAGAGUUCUGUGGAUUGUCUUGCUGGCUUGUGCGAUGAAGAGCAGUGUAGCAGAGGGAAAUUGUGUGCUGUGGAUUCAGUUUUUCACUCAGGAGGGCUCAGCCAUGAGGGUGAAGUGAGGCAGCUGAAUGAGAGAAGUCCUGCUGGUUUUGUUGCCUCUGUGCCGGUGGACUGCUGGGUCAACAACGUCAAAAGGUACUACAGUUCUCAGCAGGAGAACAAGAUGGUGCCUGGGCAGGGGCCGCCUGCCCCCCACCCCCCAGACUUUGGGGAGGACCCCCUGUGGAAGCACCCCCAGUGGAACCAAGACUCGGAGCAGGAGAUUUCUGAGCUGGAGUCUCUCUAUCAGGCCAGCUUGCAGGCACCUCAGACAAGCCGGUCUGUGUUGGGAAGGCUGGACAAUUCUGGGCGACCAUUGGGCAAGACAGCAUCUGGAACUUUAAUGGCCAGGCAGUUGCCCAGUGGAGCCGGCCUGGGUCUCUCCAAAACGCCCACAGCAGAGAUGGAGCGCAGCCUCUGCAGACUGACCACGUCUCCCGUCGCCAAGGCGCCACAUACCCAAAACCAUGGCAAGGAACCCGAAGAGGAGAUGUACAGCGCAGAGAACUUCCGCCGCAUUGCCCGCAGUCUCAGUGGAACUGUCAUCUCAAACAGGGAGGAGAUGCUUGCCUCUUCCCACAGUUUUGAGGUGUCCCCUGAGAGGAGAAUGCUGGUGGGAGCCAGGCACCACUCUUCCAGCACCACUUCCCUCACUUCCCCUCACGACUCUCCUCCUGUCUUCCCCUUUGACCCCCAGCACUGCUCAGCCCAACUGCAGCACCUCUCCCAUGAUGCACCAGUGCCUAGCAUGGUGGGCAAGACACAUAGACAAUCAGGAAGUCAGAAGAACCUCCAGAAAAUUCUGGCUGUGCUUGACAGGAGUGAAACAUUCCGAGAUGAAGACAAGCCAAGUGCGGCCUUGAGCGAAGGGAGCCCCCCUUUCUGGCAGUGGCAGCAGCAGCAGCCCCCCCCCCCUGCUCCGGGGCCUCAGCCUCUCCCCAGCCAGCAUUCCCAAGGGCAAGAGGCAGUCAGCGCCCCAAGCCCCCGGCUGCAGAGGAGUCUCACUGCCAGACAAACAGCAACACUGCCAGACAAGCGGACUGUCCACUGGGGUUCUCCUGCCCAGCCAAAGAAGGGGCCAGGCGAGCAUUUCCUCCAGCGGCUGCCACAGCAAGGAAACCACCACGCAUUCUAUGUUGUUAACUGCAGGCCGCUGCUCAGCACAGGCUGCGCUCCCUUGAGAAUUGUGCGGGAGCCUUCAAGGGACACGGCCGGCUGGGAGGCUUGCCCUGUGCCCCCCCCUCAGAUGAAGGCCCCUGGCCCCAGGCGGGUGGACAUGCCCCCAGAUGAAGACUGGCGGCAGAACAGCUAUGUCCCUCAGCCGGGAGCCAGGCAGAGGUGGCCCCCCGGGCACGGGAGGGACGCCACUGCCGAGGCCCCCUGGAAGAUGCUGGCCCAUGGGGGGGUGGCGGCUGCCUCUGGGCUGCCUGGCAGCGGCUGGUGAGGAGGAGGCCUCCUCCGUGGAACGUUGGGAACCGGACAGAGAGUUGGGUUGUUUUGUUUGUUCGCUCCAGUUAGUGUCUGUGCCAAUCUUGUCUUUAAAGUAGCGGGAGCGAAUUGCACUGUGUUCCUCCUUUAUUGCUGACUCACUGUUGCAAGGUGGGGAAUGGCUUGAUGGCUCCAUUCUUGGAUUCUCUCCAGCGGUCCGUCUCACUGGCAGAAGAGGAAGAUUUGCAUCAGGUGGGGAACAAAACCUGCCUCUCCAAGGGACCCAGCAGCUAGCUUGCAGUUUGGGUUGGGGAGGGGAGGCCGAGGAGUCUUUCUAGGCUCCCCCCCCUUGAAGAAAAGGAAGGGGCCGCAGGGACAAGGGGCUGGAUGAGGCAGACAUGUGUCAGGUUCUUGGUGCUCUUGGGGUGAGGCCCAGGGGAGGGGGGGGAGAGGAUGGAGCUCAGGCGCCCCCAGGAUCCCUCCCCCCUCCUCAUGGCAAACUCACCCUGCUUCAGGUAGCAGAGACUGUUCAAGCUGCAUGUGUCAGUAGAACCUUGUAAACACAGAAUCACUUUCACUAUUUUAGGGUCAAAUAUACUUGCCUUUGUAAGUAUUUUUCAAAUAAAUCAAUCCAGUAGUUAUA